AUGGAGUGGCUCCUAAGGGUCUGGCUUUUGUUCUUUUUACUUGCUGGUAUCUAUGCACAAAAUACUUCAGUGUCUGUGUCAUGCGGCAGCUCACACCUGGUGAUCUCCGUUCCGGUGGAUCUCUUUGGGACCGGUGUACCUGUUCGUGCCAGUGAAUUGGCUUUGGGGUCUGACUGUGGAGUGACUGCUGUACACCAGAAUACGCUAUUGCUGGAAUAUCCUCUCUCUGCUUGUGGGGCCUCCAGAAAACUUCAUCCAAACAGUAUGCAUUAUGGAAAUAUUCUUCACUACAAACCUUUAGCCACAAAUGGUGUGAUCCGGACCAGUCGCUUCUCCCAUUCCAUAGACUGUUUCUAUCCCAGGUCAGGGAAUGUCUCUUCACUUGGAAUUCAACCCACUUGGUUCCCCUUCAGUUCUACCCUGAUGGACAGGCAGCGUCUUGAUUUUGCCCUUGAAGUUUAUGAUAAUACCUGGUCACACCCCAUCUCCAACCCUCUUUACCAUUUUGGGGACCUUAUCAACAUCCAAGCAUCGGUUAGAAAGGGUAACCAUGUACCCCUGAAGAUAUAUGUAGAUGAGUGUGUUGCCCGACCAAGUGCUGAGUCCUCUGUGAAAUAUGAAGUCAUCACAAAUCAUGGGUGCCUCAUUGACGGGCAGCACAGCCGCUCUCACUUCCUUGCCACUCAAGCAACUGAAACUCUCCGCUUCCAGCUGGAUACCUUCACCUUCAUUGAAGCCUCCAACCAGAUCUACCUCAUAUGCCACUUGAAGGCUGUGUCCACUGACUCCACAGACCAUCGCAACAAGGCAUGUUCCUAUGACCACACGACUGCCGUUUGGAACUCUCAUGAAGGCAAGGACUGUUCCUGCUGUGCUUCACCUACCGGCUGUGGAAGCAAGAGGAGGAAAAGGGGACAGCGGCAGAGGAAAGGCCUGUUUGGAGCAGACCUCAAGUUUGGCCCUAUCACACUGGAAGCACAGCAGGUGAACUCCUCUAUGAUGUAUACUUCCAGCACCUUUGAGCUGAUGGAUGUAGCAGAACUGCUCUCAACAGACAAGACUCCUCAUGCUACCGUGUUGCCUCAUAACCAGUUUGUGAAUACAAUCGUGAGGGGGGAAGUGAUUGAAGAUGCUUCCUCAGAUUUACACCUCCCCUUCUCUACAACUACCCUGGUCAUAGCAAUUGCUUGCUCUUUCAUUAUAUUUGUGUCCAUCCUGGGCUGUUAUUUCUCUAGUCGAUGGGCCCAUAGAGGAUAUCACAUGGAGGUUGUUGGUGCAGCCCUGGGAGAGUCUGGUGCUGUAGCUAUGGUGCCUGCUGCUGUGGGAGCAUCUGGUGCUGCCGCUAGAAAACCUGGUAUGAUAGCAGCUGCAGCUGAAUCUGUAAUGUGUUAA